AUGUCUGCCAAAGCCGAAAAGAAGCCCGCCUCCAAAGCCCCAGCUGAAAAGAAACCAGCUUCCAAGACGGCUGCUGAAGGUAAGGUCAAGAGAUCCAAGGCCAGAAAGGAAACCUACUCCUCUUAUAUCUACAAGGUCUUGAAACAAACCCAUCCAGACACCGGUAUUUCUCAGAAAUCCAUGUCUAUUUUGAACUCUUUUGUCAACGAUAUUUUCGAAAGAAUCGCCACCGAGGCCUCCAAGUUGGCCGCUUACAACAAGAAAUCUACCAUUUCUGCCAGAGAAAUCCAAACUGCCGUCAGAUUGAUCUUGCCGGGUGAAUUGGCUAAACACGCCGUCUCUGAAGGUACCAGAGCUGUUACUAAGUAUUCCUCUUCCACUCAAGCUUGA